CAUAACAUGUCUAAGGAUUAAUUAUUGUGCUUGACAGAAUUCUUGUUUAGAUUUUACAUUUAAUAAUUUGCAAACAUGCCUGAAGUUAUGAUAUAUGGAAUACCUGUAAAUUUUCCUUUCGAACCUUAUGAGGUUCAGAAAGUGUACAUGGAAAAGGUAAUUGAAAGUUUACAAAAUAAUACAAAUGCUUUAUUGGAAUCUCCAACAGGAACAGGAAAGACUCUUAGUUUAUUAUGCUCUUCACUGGCCUGGCUGAUGUUAAAGAAAGCGCAGUUGCAAAUGAAUGCACAACUUGGUAAUUUUUCUGAACACAGUGGUGUUGGUCUUAAUGGAGGUUUACGAGAAAAUUCAAAGUCUAGCGCGGGCAAAGCAAAAGAUAACACGGUUUGGGGUAUGCCGAAAAUUAUUUAUUCAUCACGCACACAUUCACAACUAACACAAGCAAUGCAAGAGCUGAAGAGAUCAAACUAUAAAUAUGUCAAAGCUGCAAUUCUUGGCUCAAGAGAUCAAAUGUGUAUCCACCCUGAGGUGUCCAAAGAAACAAACAACAUGAACAAAGUCCAUAUGUGCCAAUUAAAGGUAAAAACGAGAACUUGCCAUUUUUAUAACAAUGUUGAAUCAAAGAAAGAUGAUAGAUCAGUUAAAGGUGAUGAUAUUUUAGAUAUAGAAGAUUUAGUGUCAGUAGGGAAAAAGUUAAAAUGCUGCCCAUAUUAUUUGUCAAAAGAGCUCAAACAGGAUGCUGAUAUAAUAUUCAUGCCAUAUAAUUAUUUAUUAGAUCCAAAAUCAAGGAAAGCCAAUGGAGUUGAACUUUUGAAUAAUGUAAUCAUUCUGGAUGAGGCACACAAUGUAGAAAAGAUGUGUGAGGAGUCAGCUUCCCUGCAAAUUAGAACUACAGAUGUUGCUCUAUGUAUUGAUGAAAUAACAUAUGUAAUGAAAUCUUUUAUUGACGGAAGUGAAGAUCAAAUGGAUGCUAGUCUGGACAACAACCAACCUAAAGAUUUUACAUGCGAUGAUUUAUGUAUUUUAAAAGAAAUGAUGUUAGCCUUUGAAAAAGCUAUAGAUGAAAUUAGUGUGGGACCCGAGGGCUCGACUUAUCCCGGUGGAUACAUAUUUGAGCUUCUUGAUAAGGCAGAGAUAAAAGAUCAUAAUCAUAUGUCUGUUAUUACCUUAAUUGAAAAUCUGAUUCAAUAUCUCUCAACGGCAAGUGCAUCACCUUUUCAGAGAAAAGGUGUAGGUUUACAAAAGAUUGUUGAUUUAUUAAAUGUUGUAUUUAGUGGAAUGUCACAUGCUUAUAAGGAAAGAAUAAAACUAUGUUAUAAGGUUCAUGUUCAAAUUGAAGAUAAAAAAAAUAAUAAAAAAACAGAUGGCUGGGGUGCCCUAAAAACUACUUCUUCAAAAUCAGCAGAAAGAAUUCUCAGCUACUGGUGUUUCAGCCCCGGUUUUGGUAUGAAGCAACUCUUAGAUCAAAAUGUUAGGAGCAUUAUUUUAACAAGUGGUACUCUAGCACCAUUGAAACCCUUAAUAUCUGAAUUGGGUAUACCAAUAGGUGUACAUUUAGAAAAUCCUCACAUUGUAAAAGCAAAUCAAAUUUGUGUCAAAAUAAUUGGAAAUGGCCCUGAUACUGUGCAACUAAACUCAAAUUAUCAAAAUCGUAAUAAUCCAAAAUACAUUUCUUCUUUGGGAAGAACAAUACUAAGUUUCUCUAGGGUUAUACCUAAUGGGCUCUUAAUUUUUUUCCCAUCAUAUCCCAUAAUGACAAAAUGUCAAGAAAUGUGGCAAGCAGAAGGCAUCUGGUCCAGCAUUAAUAAUAUUAAGCAAAUAUUUGUUGAACCCCAACGCAAGGAUACUUUUAAUUCCAUCAUCAAUGAAUAUUAUAGUAAAAUUAGUGAUCCUAAUACAAAAGGGGCAUGUUUCAUGGCUGUCUGUAGAGGUAAGGUAUCAGAAGGAUUAGAUUUUGCUGAUAUGAAUGGUAGAGCAGUCAUAAUAACAGGCCUCCCUUUUCCACCUCUUAAAGAUCCCAGAAUUGUAUUGAAAAAAAAAUACUUAGAUGAAUUAAGAGUUAAAGAAAAAGAAUUCCUUUCUGGGGAUGAGUGGUACUCCCUGGAAGCAACUAGAGCAGUUAACCAGGCUAUUGGAAGAGUAAUAAGACACCAGAAUGAUUAUGGUGCAAUUUUAUUAUGUGACACAAGGUUCAAUAAUCCUAAAUUAAGAAACCAACUCUCUGCAUGGCUUAGGGAUCAUAUUAAUGUAUCAAACAAGUUUGGGGAGACUGUUAGUGAAAUUUGCAGAUUUUUCAAAAGUGCUCAAAUUUCUUUACCACCACCAAAACUUAAACCAUUACUAGCACACGAAUCUAAUGAUAGUCAUCAAGGCAACAGCUCAAGCGUAACUGGUGUAUCAUUCCCAAGCACAAAUGUGAGAAUUAUAAAUAAGAGUUUAAGUUCUAGUAAAAAGUCAGUCAAUCAGUAUCCAAACUCAAAUGAAGUUUAUGCUGAUUUUUCUAUGGAUUUUUAUAAGAAAGCUCAAACAUCUUCAUAUGUUAACGAAUUUAGACCUAAAGAAACAAAAGAGCUUUUUAGUGCAUUAGACAGUAGCAAUGAAUCGCAACCAUUAUCACAGUCACAUGUUACUAUUCAUAAAAGAAUUGCAGAUGAUGCUAAUGUUGCUACAGCAUCAAAAAAGAAAAAAUUAAAGAUCAAAUCCUUUGGGUUUGAAGAAAACUUGAAAAAAAGCGAAAUAUCUCCUUGUAAUGAGAGAGUUGCACCAACAUCUCUCAUAGAUUUUGUUAAAGAGAUCAAAACACUCCUUGAUGUAGAAAAUUAUAAAAAAUUUCAAUUAUCAAUAUCUGCUUAUAAGAAAGAUGGAGAUUAUGAAUUAUUUUUAAAAACCUUAUCUGAUUUACUGGAAAAUAAACGGUUAUUUUACUUAUUUAAAGGGAUGAAACGAUUUUUGAAAGAAAAUCACAAAAUUUCUUUUCAAAAUUAUUGUGAUAAUGUUAAAUUUAGUAGUUGAUU